GCUUCCAGGGGGCGGGACUCACCGGAGCCUGGUCCCGUUAAAAGAGUGGGAGCGGCCCGGGGGCCCAUCUCUCCCGUAGAGUCUUGAGACAGCUGGUGUGGCAGUCCGCGGGAACAUCCUCCGGUCCUCGGUCAUGGCUUGUGGUCUGGUCGCCAGCAACCUGAAUCUCAAACCUGGGGAGUGCCUCAGAGUGCAGGGCGAGGUGGCCCCCGAAGCCAAGAGCUUCGCGCUGAACCUGGGCAAAGACAGCGACAACCUGUGCCUGCAUUUCAACCCUCGCUUCGAAGCGCACGGGGACGUCAACACCAUCGUGUGUAACAGCAGGGAUGGCGGGGCCUGGGGCGUGGAGCAUCGCGAGUCUACCUUCCCCUUCCUGCCUGGGAGUGUCAUGGAGGUGUGCAUCUCCUUCGACGAGACCGAACUGACCAUCAAGCUGCCAGAUGGAUACUUAUUCAAGUUCCCCAACCGCCUCAACCUGGAGGCCAUCAACUACCUGGCAGCCGAUGGCGACAUGAAGAUCAAGUGUCUGGCCCUUGACUAAAGGCAGCCGGGCCGUGGCCCCUAAUAAAGGCAGCUUGCCUCUGCUCCCUCUGGA